UAAGCUUCCAGCGGAAGAAGACAAGUCAGUCUUCGGUUAGGUUCGGUAAGCGUGUAGCCUGUAGUAGACUAGAACAAAAAGAAGAAAAACAAAGAAAAGACAGACAUGUCCGGGACAGAUACAGUGUUAGUCCCGCUGUCAGAGUCUCAGAGGGACAUACCCGGUCAGCCUUACUUCGUGUCCGUUCUCAAGGUCGGAUAUUGUCUACCUCAGACCGACGGGACGUUUCGAGCCGACGGGACAAUCACCCUCAUUACGGGACCAAAGACAGUUUUGGUGGACACCGGAGGACCCUGGGACCGGGAAUUCCUCCUCAUGUCCCUGAAGCAGAGGGCUAUAGAGCCGGGAGACAUUGACCUGGUAGUUGGGACUCACGGACAUUCAGACCACAUCGGAAACCUGGGUCUUUUCCCAAAAGCACUGAUCAUUGUGGGUUAUGACGUCAGUGAAGGGGACACGUACCGUCAUAACGAGUUGGCACGCGGACAAGCUUACACAGUGGAUGAGCACAUAUCUGUUGUUCCCUGUCCAGGCCACACAGGUCAAGAUGUCAGUGUCCAGGUAAAGGGAACCUCAAUGGGAACAGUGCUUGUUGCAGGGGACUUAUUUGAAAGCUGCUCAGAUGGGGACACCUGGAGAGAUCUGAGUAUGAACACGGCAGUACAGGAGGUCAGUCGCCAAGAGGCUUUAAGAACUGCUGAUAUCAUCAUACCGGGACAUGGACUACCAUUUAGAGUCCUCAAGAACUGUUGAUUCACCUCUGGAGAAUCUUGUUGACAUCAUGCAAAUGCAUUACAAGAUAACGCGCUAUGACAGGCAACAACACUGUUCACCUCUAUGUACGUAUACGAGACAACACAUAAAUCAGGCAAUAUGUCAGAAAACGUGUCUCUUCACCAGCAUGAAAGUGAAGAUGGUGGAUAGAUGUUGUGCCAAAACAGUUGGAGGCAGGCUGACAGGAGAACAUUUUACCACAUGGAUCCAGAGAGAUGGUGGAGGCACUGCUAUGAAUGGUGUCCACAGCGAGCAGAAGAAGACCAAGCUAUGGAGAUCCUGGUGCUUUUAAGGUACCUGCUCUGGCAAGGUUCCAAGCGAGCUGAGCCAGUACUAAAAUGGGGUACCAUGAACUAAUGGAAACUACGUGCCUGAUACUGAGUAGUGUCAUGUCAAGCCAAGUAGUGCUAGAACUGCAUAACAGGAAAGCUAGUCAACAAUGCUAUCUUUAGCUGGUAGACUCCAGAGUUUAAUGUUUGUCAAAAAGCCAGAUGUUUCCCUCCAGGCUCUUGUAAACACCAGGGGCCAUUAUAAGGAUCAGUUAUACUCUGGAUCUCCAUGGAUUUAAAGUGUGCAGUGAACUCUGACAGGUUGGAUCCGGCACCGGUCUCCAUUCAUUUUUGUGGCAUUUUUGCCUGCUAUGGUAGUGCUGUGAGCAAACGGAGUCAUGUGAAUCUGGUGUUACCGUCUGCCCCCAGUGUGUUAUACUAUACUCGUCAAUAAAAAUGCACUACGUGGUAUUUUGGGCCCACAAACAUCAUAGCAACAUGUCUAUGGUUAAGAAUUAAACAGGCCUUAAGUCUUUGCAAUCACGCAUUUUUUUAAAGGUGUUUUGACUAAGUUGCUUACGUUCAUUUUGCUCACCGUUAGCCCUGAGAUUAAUUUAUUUUUGUGUGCGUAAAUAAUAACUCUGUUAAUCUCAAAUGGCCAAAGAGAUCGUUUCUAACGUCUACUACCCAACAGAACAAUAUAGUAAAGUUUUUGUUAGAAUCAUUAAAGUCUGACGCCAUCAGUCAAGCAAUGCCUGUCGACCAAGACUGCAGCCAUACUCAGACCACCAAGAAAACAUCACGCCAAAUCUAUCUACAGCUGUGUCCCAAUAGGUGUUGCCACAGUGAAGGCCUUGAUGUGACACACAGAGCUGAUGCGAUAGUUCAUGGUGUCCCUCUGGAAAAUACUCAUCUCACCGCUGCUAAAAGUAGGCUACAUCCAUUAAUGGUGAUGAGAGGUUUGUGUUUUGGUUACAUUACUGUAUUAUCCUGCCCUCUAUAUACUCAUGUCACUUUAGUCGACUUUAUAAUAAUCCCUACUUGUCUAUCUUCCAAUAUUGCCUCUUUUACUUCUGUGUUGAACCUGUUGAACCUUUACUCAUAAUUAAAUAUUCAUUAACUGUAAA